CAGCCCUCAGGGAUCCACAGUAGUACGAUGCAUCCAUGGAUGGCCACCGCUAGAGAGAAGACCAUCAAACAACAUUAUGUGCUGAGAGAUCAUAAUGCAAAAAUCAUUCGUACAGGAGGUAAAUUGUUAUUUCAUAUGCCGGUUUCUUCAGCUGAACUAACUGCUGCUUGAUUUGAGCUCAAAAUUACUAAAACUGAAUACAAUGCCUCAAACAUCAUUCUCGAAGGAGACACCACCACAGUAAUAGCUUGGAUUCAAACUGUAAAUACAAAUAAGGAUAUACAUCUAUCUUUACUUCACGAUAUAUCAGUUUGGAAAUCAUCUUUUUCUUUUUUCAAGGUAAAUCAUAUACAUCGUGAGGCAAAUCAGGUAGCUGAUUAUCUUGCCAAUAAAGCUUUAGAUGGUGAUUUUGAAUGAAAAUCGAUGUAUAAAUUAGAUUUUCACUGUUUGCAUCUUUUCCUUGUAGAUGCUUCUAAAGUUCAAGUUCCCCGUCAUUGAUCCAUCAAUGCAGAAGUAUUACUGCAUAUGCUGCCUUAUUAUGUCUGUUCAAAGGCCAACCUUCAUGACAAAGGCACCAAAAUUAAGUACAUGUGCCAAAGUACGUCUCAUGUAGACCCUGCAUCUCACCACAAUCCAUCUAUCAAAUCAUCCCAUAAUAUAAUACACCCUGACCAUUACAAAAUCAAGGUUGCUCCUCUGGUUAUGAAGCAUUGCGUAGGAGACAUAAGGAUGGAUUUAUUCAGCGCCAAUGUUGCUGGGAAGAAAUGGAAGUAUAAAAUAUCAACAGGAGGGGAGGGUUCUGAUCAAAGUGAAACCUAUUAUUGUAAAGGGUUGGUUCUGGACAUGUCAAUCAAUCUUGCUUCAAAACAUCUGUGGAAUACUCAGAUGAAACCUUGCAGUUACUUGUUGUACAAUUGUUCUUAUGGUGUUGGAAGGAAGUAUUUUGCAACGGCUGGAGUAAUUCGAUCUUCGGUGGUCAAAAAUCAAAAGCAUUAUGGACACUAUAUCUAUAAAGUUACCACUAUCUUCAGUUCGGCGGAGCAGCUUGCAACAACAAUCCAUCUACUCUCUAUCCUUAUCUACAUCGAUGUUAUCACCAUACCCAGAUAUGCAGGACUUGUUGAUCUUCGAGAAAAAUGGCAACAGAAGAGAAUAUCAAAUGUCUCUCAAGUGUUCCAGAAGAGAUGCAUUGGUGGUUGUAAAGCCAAUGGAGAGUAUUUAAAAGAAUCGAGGAAGAAAAAAAAUGUGAAAAACAAAAUGCAAACAAAAUAAGGAGGGUUAUGAAGCUAGAAAACAAAAGAAGGAGAAAAAAUGAUAAAAUGAAAAAUGAAAAGAAAAAAGAAUUGAGGAAGAAAAAGUUAUGGGAGGAAAAAAGGAUGAUGAAAAGAAAGAAUAUCCCAGGAACAAAGGAGUGUUUUGCACUAACCUUUCAUUUCUUUCUUGCAGGUAUUAAGAUAUGUCAAACUCAUUUUCAUAGGGUGGGUGGUACCCUAUACCCAUCAGAUAGCAGUUUCUCUAAUCAACUUGUCUAUGAAUGCUAUCAGCUGAUGUUAUAUAUGCAGCCACUGACUCACUGUUGCCGUCAGUGCAAGGACAAUCUUAAUUGGGAAAUUACAUUGGAAACAAUUAUGGAGAUACGGCUUCGGCACAGAGUUGGUUCUGAUUUCAAAAACUCAUCAUCUUCCAUGCUUAUUUUAUUGAUGGUACCUUCGGCCUCAAGCAUAUGGAAAGAACAAUAUAUAUUCCUGUAUGCAUACCAUAAUCCGGCAGAUGCUUAUUCUUUUUACCUGUUUUCGCAUGCUGGUGUAGCGCAGUGGGAUAUCUUAUUAUUCAUCCUUCAAAAUUUUCGUUCUACCCAAAGGUUUGGCUGGAUUAAUCAGAUCAACCUGGAUUUCUGUUUGGGUUUGGAUAUAAUUGGAAUACCUUGUACUAAUAUCAUCACAUUAGGUGAGUUUAAGAUUACAAUUUACAUACCAGGCUCACUUCCCUAUCAUCACUAUUUGGGAAGGCACUUCUACUUCAAAUGGUUGUAUUGCUCACAGGAUUCAAUUUGCAUUCAUGUCUGGACCUCUGUUUUAAAUCAUGCAUUCCUGACUCUCAAGCAAUCACGCUUCCAGAAUUAUGCAGAUGUCAACACUGAGGGAGCGGUGCCUGAUUAUCAUAUCCUUAAAUUCUUUUUGGAGAUCUUUUCACGUUCAUACUCUUACGCACCAAUUUUUGGUCACUCUGUUCUCAUACAAUGUUGUCCGGUAAAGUAUCUUGUACUAAUUGUGUUCGACCUCAUCUGUCCAUAUGCCAUCUUGGAACCUAUGGUUAGUUGUUUGUAUGCCGCGUUUUUGUAAUCGCAUAAAUUUUACAUGAAUGAAUACAUCAUACCUUUCA